CUCCACUCCGCGAAUACAGCAUCUAUCCCCACGAGGGCUCACCACUAGAAUUAUUGAGGACACCGAAGUCCAAAUUUGCGCACACGUCGCCCGUCAUGCCUCAGGAUAUGCCCCCCGUCGGGGGCUACGACGCCGUCCAGUACAAGCGCAAUCUCCCAGUGCGCGGCUUCAGACCGAGUGUGUAUCUACUUGGGAUGGGCGUGAUUAUGACAUAUGGCUUUUGGAUGUAUGGCAAGGGGGUUAGGGAGAAGAACGAACUUGGUCGUGAGAAACAAUGGUCUCGGAUACACCUUAUCCCCCUACUGCAAGCAGAAGAAGACCGCGAUCAAGUGCGGAGGAUGCUAGCGGACAAGCAGCGUGAGAAGGAGCUGCUUGGUGCCAAUCUCAAAGUGUAUCACAACGAUAGAUUUGUUCGACCUACUUAUGUUGCUACACCUGAGAACGUUACGAAAUAGAUGGAUGAUGUUGGGGAUCGAUACGAAGGCCUAGAAAAUACUGGCCUAUACUGAGCAAAGUAACUCAAGAAGUGGCUUCAAGUUGUGGCCAUUGUAAAUAUGGAGUAUGUCGCGGCUUAUUGGGACAGCUGCCGCUACCGCCGCACCCUCACGGUCUGCGCGGAAUGUACCAAUCUCUUUUGUUCCACAUACAACGCGAAUAUAGCAAGAUACGACAAACGCUCAAAUAAUUACUGUCUGUAUGGACGAUGAAACAUCCUGGCAGUCUCAAAUUCAAUUUGCACCACAUUUGAGUCUCGUCACGCUUCUGGAUCUACUUAAACGCCCGAACAGCGGU